AUGGCAUCCAACACCAGGCCCUCGUCUGACUGUCAUUUGAGAACCCUUGAAGGAUCUACUCCAGAUCUCCAUGAUUCUAUCCAAUCUGCCGAAGAUCGAGCAGCCCACCAACUCAACAAAGACCGAUUUGGGACCGAAACGGCUCUGCAGAAUCUCGUGGAUAUCAAACAGCUAGCCAGACAAUUCAGUCAACAUUCUCACCAUUCAGAAGAUUCUUCUAACCCUUUCAACACCGAAGACCCCGAAUUGAAUCCCAAUUCUGAUUUCUUUCGGCCCGAGAAAUGGAUUAGGGCACUUUUGGAAUUGACUCGCGACGAAAGUCUUUAUUUGCGACGCAAAACAGGGUUGGCGCUCAAAAACUUGAAGGUCUCCGGCUUCGCUACUGCAUUCAACUCUCAAAGUUCUGUGGGCGAUCUUCUAUUUGGGCUGAUUGAUUUGGCCACAUAUUACAUCGGAAAUCGACGCCAACACGUUCAAAUCCUUCAUCAAAUCGAUGCGCUGGUCCGCCCUGGGGAACUUCUCGUGACUCUUGGACCUCCGGGCUCUGGAUGCACCACCUUGCUGAAGACAAUUGCUGGUGAGAUUCAUGGUCUCACCAUUGGCGAUGGCUCCGAGUUCAACUACCGGGGGAUUAGUUUCAGAGACAUGCAUUCUAGGUUUAGAGGUGAAGCAAUUUACACAGCUGAACAAGAUGUACAUAUCCCCGUGUUGACUGUCGGGCAAACCCUGGAGUUUGCUGCCAUGGCAAGAGCCCCAAGAAAUCUUCCUGGUGGUGUCGAUCGCCGAGUAUAUGCAGAAACCUUUCGUGAUGUGCUUAUGGCGGUUUUCGGUAUCCGACACACCGUGAAUACCAAAGUGGGCGAUGAUUAUGUCCGAGGAGUAAGUGGAGGCGAGAGGAAACGCGUGAGCAUUGCCGAAGCUGCUUUGAGUGGCUCUCCUCUUCAGUGCUGGGACAACAGCACUCGUGGACUGGACAGUGCCAAUGCUAUUGAGUUUUGCAAGACUCUUCGACUCGGCGCCGAUUUGUUGCAGACUGCCGCUGCAGUAGCCAUCUACCAGGCUCCACAGGCUGCCUAUGACCUAUUUGAUAAGGUUCUCGUCUUGUACCAGGGUCGGCAAAUCUUUUUUGGCCCAGCGGAGGAGGCUCGUGAAUACUUUGAGAAGAUGGGAUUCGAGUGCCCCAGUCGUCAAACAACGCCGGACUUCUUGACAUCAAUGACCAGCCCGGCCGAGCGUCGCGAUAGACAUGGGUUUGAAAACCAGACUCCACGAACCCCCGAAGAAUUUGAAAUGCGCUGGAUGUCAAGUCAAGAGAGACAGAGGCUUCUUGUAGAGAUUGAUCAAUACAGCCAUGACCACCCUAUCCGUGGCCCGGACUUUGAUGGAUUUCAAAAAUCCCGCUCUCUUCAGCAAGCAAGGUGUCAACGCCAAAGAUCUCCAUAUACUCUUUCAUACUGGCAGCAGAUCAAGCUUUGCUUCUGGCGAGGCUACAAGCGCGUCAUUGCAGAUCCGGUCUUGUUGAUCGCUUCUGUGGUCAGUAAUAUCGCUGUUGUCCUAAUCGUCAGCAGCAUCUACUACAACCUCCCCAUGACUACGUCUUCCUUUUACUCUCGAGGCUCUCUGUUAUUCUUUGCCAUUAUUAUAAAUGCAUUUAGCAGCCAGCUUGAGGUUUUAACAUUGUAUUCUCAACGUUCAUGCAUCGAAAAGCAUGGUCGAUAUGCACUUUACCAUCCUUCUGCCGAGGCACUCGCCUCAAUGCUCACAGAUCUACCUAUAAAGAUCGUGAACCUCAUCUGUUUUAACACUGUUAUGUAUUUUAUGACAGGUCUAAACAGAAACGCUGGUGCGUUUUUCUUCUUCUUACUCACCUCCUUCAUAAUGGUGUUGGCAAUGUCAAGUUUGUUUCGCUCCAUUGCCGCAUUCAGUCGCACCUUGACUCAGGCUCUUGCACCGGUCACCAUCUUCGUUCUGGCUCUUGUCAUAUACGCAGGAUUUGCUAUCCCCCCAUCAUACAUGCACGGUUGGGCACGUUGGAUCAACUACCUUGACCCUAUUGCCUAUGGACUGGAGGCUCUGAUCAUAAACGAGUUUCAUGGCCGCAACUACCCCUGUUCUAGCUUUGUACCCUCAGGGAGUGGCUACGAUGGGAGUUUAGCAACACGUGUUUGCUCAGUGGUCGGGUCUGUUGCUGGUGAAUCCUGGGUGAAUGGUGAUACCUACAUCGAAGAAUCGUUUGAAAUGCGCCAUUCUCACAAGUGGAGAAACAUCGGGAUUUUGUUGGGCUUCUGGGCAUUUUUCACGUUUACAUAUGUUUUGGCAACAGAUCUGAUUCCCGAGAAGAAGUCUAAAGGAGAGGUUAUUAUUUUCCCUCGAGGAAAGGCCCCCAAAGAUGGUCGGACCUUUGCAGAUGAUACUGAACAAGGCAACGAGAAAUCUCCCUUCGGCGAGACUACAAUGACUGGCCCGAGAGAAAUUUUAUCUGGCAUAGUGAAGCAGACGGCAAUAUUUCAGUGGCAAGAUGUCUGUUACGACCUCAGGAUCAAGAAUGAGAACCGGCGGAUAUUGGAUCAUGUUGAUGGCUGGGUGCAGCCGGGUACCCUGACAGCUCUAAUGGGAGUUUCGGGAGCCGGGAAGACCACGUUAUUGGAUGUUUUGGCUAGCCGAAGAACUGUAGGUGUCAUCAGUGGGCAAAUUCUUGUCGAUGGUCAACAGAGAGACAGCUCCUUCCAGCGAAAAACUGGAUACGCCCAGCAGCUAGACUUGCAUCUCGAAACAUCCACCAUCCGAGAGGCUUUGUCCUUUAGUGCGAAUCUCCGCCAGCCUAGACACAUCUCUCGCCCCGAAAAGCUGAAAUACGUCGAAGAGGUCAUUCAUCUUCUGGAAAUGGAAGAAUACGCAGACGCGGUGGUGGGAGUUCCUGGAGAAGGGUUGAAUGUUGAGCAGAGAAAAAGGCUUACUAUUGGCGUUGAGCUUGCUGCCAAACCAGACCUGCUGUUGUUCCUGGACGAACCAACGUCCGGUCUAGAUUCUCAGACAUCAUGGUCAAUUUUGAUGUUGCUUCAAAAGCUAAAGGCCAAUGGCCAGGCAAUUCUCUGCACUAUUCACCAGCCUUCUGCGAUACUCCUCCAGCAAUUCGAUCGGCUCCUUCUCUUAGACCAGGGCGGAAGAACUGUUUACUUUGGGCCAAUGGGACCUUCGGCAUCGACAUUAUUGGACUAUUUCAAGAAAAAUGGUGGCCGUUCUUGUCAGAAAGACUCCAAUCCUGCCGAAUACAUGUUAGAGGUCAUUGGCGCAGCGCCCGGCUCUCACUCAUAUAUUGAUUGGCCUGCGGUUUGGCGGCAUUCACCAGAGCUGAAAGAAGUGCGAGCCCAGCUUGAGAAGUGGAAGACAAAGAAGUCUCAGCAGCCAGUGGUACCGGCUCAAGACCAGCACUCUUACGCGGAGUUUGCAGCUUCAUUUCCGGUUCAACUGUAUGAGACUUUGGCUCGCAUUUUUCAGCAAUAUUGGCGAACUCCAAGCUAUAUCAUCUCUAAACUUGGCCUUGUCGUCGCUACAGGCCUUUUUAUCGGAUUUUCUUUUUACAAAGCAUCAAACACUCAACAAGGGCUACAGAAUCAAAUGCUUGGCCUUUUUAUGCUUGCUACAACAUUCAAUCUCCUUUCCCAGCAAAUAAUGCCACAGUUUGUUACCCAAAGAGCACUCUACGAGGCUCGCGAGCGACCAGCAAAGACAUACUCGUGGGCAUCAUUCAUGCUCGCUAACAUCCUUGUCGAGAUCCCCUGGUCCUUCAUUUGCUCGGUUUUGCUGUACGUGACCUGGUACUACCCUAUUGGUCUUUAUCGAAAUGCCGAGGCUACAAAUACGGUACACGAGAAAGGCGCUCUCGUCUGGCUUUUCGUUCUUACCUUUGUGCUAUUCUCAAGCACAUUUGCGCAUCUUGCAAUUGCAGCGGUAGAAACCGCCCAAACAGCGGGAAACAUCGCCAACUUCUGUUUCUCCUUGACCAUCUCAUUCUGUGGAGUACUGGCUGGUCCGGGUAGCUUUCCGCAUUUUUGGAUUUUCAUGUACCGCAUCUCUCCGUUCCAUUACCUGAUAUCUGGCAUGCUAUCUGCAAGUGUUGGAGGUGCCAAUGUCAUGUGUUCGAAGCAGGAAUUUCUUCAUUUUGAUCCGCGCCCAAACACGACCUGCGGUGAAUACUUGGCAAACUUCAUCCAUGCAACUGGAGGGUAUGUGGAAAACCCUUCCGCAACUACCAAUUGUUCGUUUUGUCGUAUCUCCGAGACGAAUAAGUUCCUUGCGGGAACUUCGACAAAUCCGGAUGAUGUAUGGAUGGACUUUGGAAUCAUGUGGGUAUAUAUUGUCUUUAACAUUUUCGGUGCAGUCUUCCUCUACUGGUUGUUCCGGGUUCCCAAGAAGAUGGAAGUGCGGGAGACGGCUACGGUUGCUGGGUGA